UGAAAGCAUGGUGGUGUGCAAGAAAUGGAUUUUGGCCAAGGCAUUUUCCGGGCACCCAGAUUCGUCAAACUUCAGGAUGGAGACGGAAGAAUUGCCUGAUCAGCUGAAAGAGGGAGAGGUGCUUUGUGAAGCCAUCUUUCUAAGUGUUGAUCCAUACAUGAGGUUAUUUCCGGUUCCGCCCGGCUCUGUGAUGAUGGGUGAACAAGUAGCCCGGAUAAGUAAAAGCGAGAACCAAAAUUUUCCAGUGGGAACCAUUGUCCAGAGCAUGCUAGGCUGGAGGACUCAUACCAUUGUAUCCGAUCCCUCCAAACUCAACAAAGUACCAGACCUGGGGGAUUUACCAAAAUCGCUGGCACUAGGAGCCAUGGGAAUGCCAGGUAUGACAGCCUACUUUGGGUUUCUGGAGGCAUGUUGUCCAAAGAAUGGAGAAACUGUCUUUGUGAAUGCUGCAGCAGGAGCCGUCGGCAAUAUUGUGGGUCAGAUCGCCAAAAUCAAGGGUUGUAAAGUCGUGGGUAGUGCUGGAAGUGAACAAAAAUGUAAAUGGCUAAAGGAAGGUUUAGGAUUCGACGAGGUGUUUAACUACAAAACAACCCCGCUGGAGAAGGCCCUUAAAGAUCAUGCCCCACAAGGAGUGGACUGCUUUUUCGAUAAUGUUGGUGGGGAGGAAACAACAAAUGUACUGAAACAUAUGAACAAAUGUGGCAGGGCUGCUAUUUGUGGAUCAAUUUCACAGUACAACAAAGAAGAAAAGGACAAAGGUGAGCUACCAUACGGACCAAUGUUAAUGAAUAUGUUACGUGUAAAGGGUAUACAAGGAUGGCAUCACGUUCAGAAAUGGCCAGAGGGAUUAAAACAGAUGUUACUGUGGAUCAAAGAGGGGAAGAUGAAGUAUAAGGAAACUGUGACAGAGGGGUUUGACAAUAUGGUUUCUGCUUUCAUUGGUCUAUUUUCAGGUCAAAAUAUCGGAAAAGCCAUAAUAAAAGUAUAAAAAUAAUUGAUACACUGUAAAUAAGAUAAAGUUAAACACCGCAACACUGAAUGUGAUACAUGUAUUGCUAAAGCAAUAUUACAGAAUUGUUUUUCACACUAGGAAAUAUUAACAUCAUUAAAAUAUUUUAAACUGAAUGAAAA